AUGGAGUUAUCAGACAAUACUAGUAAAUUAUUUCUACUUACCAUAAUUGUAUGUGUGCACACUUUAAUUUCAACUGAGGUGGAGCCACCAGGUCACCUCAAGAAGCUUGGUUCUCACAAAGAUCCUAGUGGUAUAACUAUGAUUGGUAAAUUUUCUACGCCGGCAGUAUUUUAUGAGCACUUUGUAAAGCCUGGGAAACCUUUGUGGAUGAGGUCAGUUCUGAGUUCUGUAAAUCAUCCAGGAUUGACUAACUGGACGGAUAAUUUUUUCAGAAAACAUUAUGGCAGUGAAACUGUCAAAGUUGAGAUCAGUAGGAAGGAAAAUCGUAAGUCUAUUCCAAAAUGGCUUACCUUCCGACAGUUUCUGUCAUUAUAUGAGACUGAAGAUGUCUACAUGGUGCAGACAUUGAAAGAUAAAAUGGAAGAACUGGUUCUGAUCCCCACAAGUCUCCAGUGUGGGGGGUUCCAGCGAGCAAUACAGGAGGCGGUCAUGUGGCUGGGCAGUGGAAACACAGUCUCAGUGUUACAUCGUGAUGGUCUUGAUAAUUUGCUUUGCCUUCUGGAUGGCCGAAAAGAAUUUGUGCUGAUAGAUAAGGUGUACAGGCAUGAAGUAGAGACACAUGGAUUUGUGGAAUCUGAAGGCUACAGUUUACUGAAUACAGCAAAAGUGGACUUGAUCAAGUUUCCACGUCUCGCUAGCUUACCGUGGCAUCAGGUUCAUUUAGAUAAAGGAGACUGCAUUUUUAUACCAAAAGGAUGGUAUCACCAGGUGACUUCCCACAAACACAGACAUCUGGCCAUCAAUAUUUGGUUUUCCCAUUUGUUUUGGUUCAACUAUAUGAACUGUUCCAAUGAUCAAGAAUUUCACAAGCCAUUAGAGCCAAUCUCUACAUUUGGAUUCGCAACCCCAAAUGAAGUUUACAGAUCAAAACUUUUGGAAGAGCUCUUCGACAAAGGUUUUAUAUUUAAAAAUGUUUUUGUGGAAACUGUGCAUACGUCCACACCAGAAAGACGCCAUCAGUUUCAGAGAUGA